AUGGAUCUCCGUGAAUCAAUAACCCGCCAAACCAAUGUUUCCUUCACCAUCGCUAACCAUUUGUUCUCAAAAGCAUCUCAUCAAGAUAAGAACAUCGUGUUAUCUCCACUUUCGCUACAACUCGUUCUUAGCAUCAUCGCCGCUGGCUCUGAGGGUCCCACACAACAACAGCUUCUUGAAUUCCUCCAAUCCAAAUCCACCGAUCAUCUCAACUCCCUCGCCUCUCAGCUCGUUUCCGUCGUCCUCUCCAACGCUGCUCCCGCCGGCGGACCUCUCCUCUCUUUCGUCGACGGUGUGUGGAUUGAACAAACCCUAUCUCUUCAACCUUCCUUCAAACAAAUCGUCUCUACUGAUUUCAAAGCCAAUUUGUCUUCCGUCGAUUUCCAGAACAAGGCUGUUGAAGUGACCAAUGAAGUGAAUUUAUGGGCUGAAAAAGAGACUAAUGGACUUAUUAAAGAACUUCUUCCUAUAGGAUCAGUCAACAGCUCAACCAGGCUCAUCUUUGCUAAUGCACUAUACUUUAAAGGAGCAUGGAAUGACAAGUUUGAUGCUUCGUUAACUAAAGAUAACGAUUUUCACCUUUUGAAUGGUAGCACAGUCAAGGUUCCCUUCAUGACCAGCAAGAAAAAGCAGUUUAUUAGAGAGUUCAAUGAUUUUAAAGUUCUUGGUCUUCCUUAUAAGCAAGGCGAAGAUAAGCGUCAAUUCUCCAUGUACUUUUUUCUUCCGAAUGCAAAAGAUGGGUUGUCAGCUUUGGUUGAGAAGGUGGCUUCUGAAUCCGAGUUACUUGAUCACAAGCUCCCUUCUGAAAAAGUGGAAGUAGGUGACUUCAGGAUUCCAAGAUUCAAUAUUUCUUUUGGGCUUGAAACAUCUGAUAUUCUGAAGGAAUUAGGAGUGGUUCUACCUUUUUCUACUGGAGGGUUGACAAAAAUGGUAGAUUCUCAUGUGGGUCAAAACCUUUGUGUUUCCAAUAUAUUUCACAAGUCUUUCAUUGAAGUGAAUGAAGAAGGCACAGAAGCCGCCGCGGCCACGGCAGCAACAAUACUAUUAAGGAGUAUGCGAGUUCCAACUCCUGUAGACUUUGUAGCUGAUCGUCCUUUCUUAUUUGUGAUUAGAGAAGACUUGACUGGAACAAUCCUCUUUGUUGGUCAAGUGCUCAAUCCUCUUGUUGAAUGA